CCGAGCACGGACGUCAGGAACAAAAGCUCUGGCGGUGGAGUCUGGCAGAGGCAAGAACGGAGCAUGGGGUGUUUUUGAAUAAUUAUUAAAAUUAGCAUGUGUCUGCGCCAUCCUGUGGGUGUGGCGCAGAGUGGAGUGUAAACUCUAGUCCGGCUGGAGCAAACAUUGGAUUAGCGGCUGCAGCUGCCAGCCAGCACCAGAGUGCAGGGACCAGAGCUCUGCACGCAGACUGACACCAUGGCCUCGUCUCAAGGGAAAAACGAGCUGAAAUUCGCAGACUGGAUGGCAACUCUUCCGGAGAACAUCCACAGCAUCCCCCUCACCAAUUUAGCCAUCCCAGGGUCACAUGAUUCCUUCAGCUUCUACAUUGAUGAAGCCUCUCCAGUAGGUCCUGAGCAGCCAGAAACUGUCCAGAAUUUUGUAUCUGUGUUUGGAACUGUAGCCAAGAAGCUGAUGCGGAAAUGGCUAGCCACUCAAACAAUGAACUUUACUGGUCAAUUAGGAGCUGGAAUCCGCUACUUUGACCUUCGAAUUUCUACCAAGCCCAGAGACCCAGACAAUGAACUGUACUUUGCUCAUGGCUUAUUCAGUGCCAAAGUCAAUGAGGGUCUUGAAGAGAUCAAUGCAUUCCUCACAGAUCACCAUAAAGAGGUAGUGUUCUUGGACUUUAACCAUUUUUAUGGGAUGCAGAAAUAUCACCAUGAAAAACUGGUCCAAAUGCUGAAAGACAUCUAUGGAAACAAAAUGUGUCCAGCAAUUUUUGCCCAGGAAGUGAGUUUAAAGUACCUGUGGGAGAAGGACUACCAAGUGCUGGUCUUCUACCACAGUCCAGUGGCACUGGAAGUGCCCUUUCUCUGGCCUGGGCAGAUGAUGCCAGCACCUUGGGCUAAUACCACAGACCCAGAAAAAUUGAUCCAGUUUCUUCAGGCAUCCAUCACUGAAAGAAGAAAGAAGGGCUCAUUUUUUAUAUCUCAGGUGGUGCUGACACCCAAAGCAAGCACUGUGGUCAAAGGUGUGGCAAGUGGCCUCAGAGAAACAAUCACAGAAAGAGCUCUUCCUGCCAUGAUGCAGUGGGUCCGCACACAGAAGCCAGGAGAGAGUGGCAUCAACAUUGUCACUGCUGAUUUUGUAGAACUUGGUGAUUUUAUCAGCACUGUAAUAAAGCUCAACUAUAUCUUUGAGGAAGGAGAAGCCAACACUUGAUGUCACUGUCUGGAGUGCCCAGGAGUAAGACAGAGAAGAUUCAUUGUAUUACGCAUAUUAUCAGUAAACCCUCCGAUCUUCCCAGUCCACUGAGUCUCUGAAGGAAUUAGGCUGCUAGUGGGUGGGAAAGGGGGGAAGUCAUUUCUUCAGUGAUUGUGACCAUACUCUGCAUUACUAUAAAUAUGUCAUUUCCUAUUUGAUGAGUAAAAUCUACUUCUAGUGUUAGGGAUAGAAAGUUAACAGUAAAUUUUGUUUUACAAAAUUAAUGUUUAUAAUGUGUAACUCAUGAGUGUUCACUUGAUUGCAUUUUCUAAUUUCAUCCUAGGGCUCCUAUAUUGUUCGUACCCUGUAUCCUUUCCACUUCUUCUCUUGCUCGCUCGCUUUUUCUAAUUAGAUUCAGUAUGGGUGUCAAAACAACUGAAUGCCCAAAAUAAUGUGUAUUACAUUGUUGUGCUGAACUUUGUUUGUUUUGUGAGACUUGGUAAAGCAUUCUGUAGCCAUCUGCAAUGGGGAAUCUGUAAUUAACUUUUGGUCAUACAGAAUUUAUGCAUCAAAUCAGUUUCCUUGCAAUAUUAAUACUGGAGAUCAUUAACAGUGAUUUUUGUGUUAUACAAAAACAAUAGUGUUUCACAGUAUUUCCAUGUAAGGCAGCUAUGAUUAAAGUGCAAAAACUUUUUGGAAGGCCUAUGAGUGUGAACUCCAUAGU